CCAAUUACAUUUAACAAACACACAAAAAGCCUCACCCAAGAGGAACUGACAUUUCGCCUGGCGUGCUGCGCCAAAGCUGUGCUGCAGGCUGCCUUGACCUGGAGCCGUUGUAGGUAGCGCUAAAACCACUGUCAUGGCCAAGGGGAGCGCCAAGUCCGGCCCGGGAAAGCCGGGCCUAGCUGGCGGCCCGCCGGGAAAACAGUCCGGGUUCCGCAGCCCCAUCGGGUGCACGGGCGUCACACCCGGCGAGGCGGAGUUUGUGGCUUGGUGCCAGGAGGAGAAGGUCCGCUUCCCCAGCUCUCACCUGGCGGUGCUGCCGGCGACUGGGAGGGCGCUGGUGGCGUCACGAAACAUCAAAAUGGGCGAAGUGGUGGUGGAGGUCCCCGACGACGCAGUGCUAAUGGCCGAGAACUGCGGCUUGCGGGACGUGCUGGAGGAGGAGGGCAUGACCAAGGACUCGGCCGAUGAGGAGAUUCUGGAGGUCCAGGGCCUGGUCAUUGCGGUGAUGUGGGAGAGGUGGCGGGGGCCCGAGUCGCGCUGGGCACCCUACCUGGCGCUGCUGCCGGAUGACAUGACCCACAUGCCGCUGUACUGGAAGCGCCGCGAGUUCCGGGAGCUGCGGGGCACGGCCGCGUACGACAAGAUGCUGGGGCGGGCACAGCACCCCUCGGACGCACCCACACAGGUGCCGCUGCUGUGGUCGGAGGUGGUUGGCCCCUUCAUCGCUGAGCACCCGGAGCUGGGGCUGCCGGGCGGCGAACGCGGCUACGAGCUGUACCGCUGGGCCACCGCGGCGGUGGCGUCCUACAGCUUCAUCCUGGGAGACGACAAGUACCAGGCCAUGGUGCCGGUGUGGGACCUGCUCAACCACAUCACCGGGGAUGUCAACGUGCGGCUGCACCACUGCAGCAAGAGGCAUGUGCUGCAGAUGAUUGCCAUGCGCGACAUCGUCGCCGGCAGCGAGCUGGUGAACAACUACGGCGAGCUGUCCAACGCCGAGCUGCUGCGCGGCUACGGCUUUGUGGAGCGAGCCAACCGCUACAACCACGUGCAGAUCCCUGUGGGCUUCGUGGCGCGGGCGGCGCGCGAGCAGAUGCUGCAGGAGGUGAUGGAAGACCUGGAGGGCGACGACGACAUGGACGACUUGGAUGACGUGGGGGAAGACGACGAGGACGAGGAGGAGGAGGAGGACGAGGAGGAGGGCGAGGAGGAGGGCGAGGAGGAGGGCGAGGAGGAGGGCGAGGAGGAGGGCGAGGAGGAGGGCGAGGAGGAGGGCGAGGAGGAGGGCGAGGAGGAGGGCGAGGAGGAGGGCGAGGAGGAGGGCGAGGAGGAGGGCGAGGAGGAGCAGGCGGCGCCAAAGAAGGAAGGUGGCGCGGGCCCGGGCCCGGGCAGCACGGACGCCGAGGAGGAGGCGGAGGCGGCUGCGGGCAUCCGGCGCGGCGUGGCCUCGCGGCUGCGGCUGGCCACCCAGCUGGGCCUCAUGCCGCAGCACCACGUGUUCAAGGUGUUCGCGGGGCGGCCGCCGCCCGCAGCUCUGACCGCGCUCAUAUACCUCCUGCUGUCGACCGACGAGGAGGCAGCGGCGGUGCGCCGCGCCGGCCGCGCCGCCGACGCCGCCGCGAAGAAGGCUAUGGUCGCGGCCGGCGGCGGCAGGAAGCGCAAGGCUAGUGCCGCUGACGAGGCAGCAAUCGUCAAAGCCGUGGCGGCGGCGGGCCUGGACACCAUCGCCGACGCCCUAUCGGCGGACCUCGGCGAGGAGGUGGCGGCGCCGGCACAGGCGACGGCGAACGGCGCGCGCGGUGGCAAGGCUGUAGCCUCCAAGAAGCAAAGGAGCGCUGCGGACGACGCGGAGGAGGAAGGGGAGGAGGAGGAAGAUGGGGACGAGGACGCUGGCGGCGAGGGAGGCGACGGCGAGGUGGCGGGCCGCAUGGUGGCGGUGUACGAGCGGAUCCUGGAUCGCAUGCUGGGCCGUUACGUCACCAGCCUGGAACAGGACGAGCAGAUGAUGAAGCAGUACGACAGCCUGCCGCCGCGGCAUCGCGCGGCGCUGCUGGCACGGCUGCCGGAGAAGCAGGCGCUCACGUCGCUGCGGCAGCUGCUGGCGGCUGAGGGCGGCGGCGCGCUAGCGGCGUCCCUGGCGGCGCGGGACGCGGCGGCGGCGGGCGCGGCGGGCAAGACGGCGGCGGGGGCGGGUGGCGGCGGCGGGCAUGAUGACAGCGGCAGCGAUGCGGGAGAGGAGGAGGGGCAGGUAAAGGCCAAGAAGGCGAGCAAGAAGAAGCAGAAGGCGCAGGGGCAGCAGGGCAAGGCGGGCGGGCCGGCAGGGCAGAAGAGGCAGCCCGGCGCGCAGCAGGAUGCGCAGUUCUCGUUCGGGUUCUCGCUGUGAAUUCAUAACGCGUGCAACAAUGGGCGUGACCGAGUAAGCAACAUGUGGCCGCAUACAAAAGCCGGAGCGGCGGAGCGCAGGUGUUGGUAGCCGCCAAGUCUCAGGGGGCACGGCCACGGGUGAUUUGUCGCGUCUCUAGCACUUCGAUGCCAGGAGCGCUGGAGCGGUGUGCAUCCACAGCUUUCGUGAAUAAAUCUUCAUGGGCCUUGAGCACAGCCACGUGCUGAGCUGCUGGCUGCUCAGUGUUGGAAGGAGGUUCGGUCUUCGGAGGUUGCACGGGGGCUGAUGUAGCCAUGCAGGCAUGCAGCACGCCAACAUGGGGUAAGUCUUGGGCGGGAGGUGUGGAACGUCGUGGUGAUGGUGACGCCCCAGGAACGCAGCGCAUUGGUCAGGGCCGCACGCCUGGUCCGCAGCACAGGUGUGGUGGUGGCGCCUUACCUGACGUCCGUAGGGUGUGCACUGCGCAAGGAGCAACUCGGAGCUUUCGAAGGGUUUCGAGCAGCAGGGCUGAAGCCCCGAUGGAAGGGAGGGGCGGGCAUUCGGUGCCAAGGCACCUAAUCACCUAGGCUGACGGGCUAGCAGUUGACGUAGUUGGCAUUGAGUAGUACAGUCGAACACGCCUAACUUCGUUGCGCAAAUUAAGUUUCCCGGCGUUAUAAGGAUGCGAAUUACAAUUGAAGGGACAGUCCGACAAGCGGGGGCACACCGUACCCACGCCGCGAGGGACCGUCUCCGGCCCAGAGAGAAACACCCACCCCCUGGUUGACUGCCGACCUUCAUAGCGUUACGCGCAUGAGUCGAAGCCAAGCCAAAGCCCGCCAAAGCCCCACCGCCACGUAACACCCCUCAUCUCGUUUAGGUCUUUUGGCGGCAGCACCAACGCAAAACAAGGCACGACAGGCCAGUGGUCUGCCGACAGCCCCAUCAAACGCAAGCACCACACAAAUAUCACGUCCGAAGACGAUGUCUGGCGUCAGAGACGCGCAAUGUCUUGGCCCGAAGGCCCAUGGCUGAUAGUCUGUGCCGAGGCACAACUAAGGCGUUAUAAGGGCCCACCGGCCCGGGCCACUGGUACUUACGCGGACAGGAUAGCACGCAUGCUCGUGCACACCACCUUGUAACCAACAACAACA